AUGUUAAAAAAGUACAUUGUAGUGAUGGAUAUGUGCAAGUUCGUGAUUAUAUUGAUACUGUACUUCUCUUCAUCUUCGUGUUAUCCUGCGAAGCCUUUGAACGAAAGAUCACCUGAAUUGACUUGGGAAGCUUGGUUAUUGGUGGAUGAGCAACAAAAUCAAAACAAGCAACCCUCUGACGGAGUACUUCGUAGAAGAAUUACACCAAAAUCCGUUUUUAUAGCACCGACUUUCAGUCCUGAAUCACUUCCAGCUUGUGCUGAAGGCUACAGCUCUGAUCACCUAGGAAGAUGUAUCAAAAUUAUUAAACUAGACCAAGCAGCUCAUUACGAUUUUCUUAUAGAAAAACUUAAAGAGAAGUUCAGUCCAGCUGAUUAUGACGACGAUUAUUACGAUGAUCCUGCACCAACCCCAGGACCAUUUCAAGUCAAUAUUCCUUUAGGAAUACAAAGUGAUGACGAUCUAGAUGACGGUAUCGAAGAAUCAGACGUAGCGAUUAUAGUCUCACCGACUAAACCACAAAAUUAUUACGGUAAAAACAGUUUAGGCAAAAGAGAAAGCCUUGGAGACGAAGCCGAACAAGAAUUACUAUUAAAAAAGUUAGUAGAAUCAACUACACCAGAAACUGUGACCGAAACGACAACAGAGCCCGUUGAUACAACAACGAUUACAACUACAACCAAGAUAGAUACUACAACAACAACGUUUGGUGAUACAACUACUAAUACAGAUCCAACAACAGAAACAGAAACGACAUCUUCUCCAAAAUAUAACAAUUUUUUCGAUCCAGCAACAUCGGAAUCUAAUAUAAUAAGAUUUCCGAUGGAACCAAAGGUUCAAACUCUUCAGUCUCGCUUCAGGUUUCCCAGCAAUGAAGACGUGACCCCGUCUCAAAUACCUUCGUCUUUCAAUCACAUGCCUCGCGCUAUUGGCGUAGCUCAGGCUAGAGAACCUGUAGAGCCUGAGAUCAGUUUUGAUCUAAUAAACUUCAGGGACUCCCACGCGACUGUAGCCCCGCAGGAAACUUCAAAUAGAAGAAAUCGGGAUAAAAAUAACGGUUUGUUUAUGUUACCUCCUAGAUGGAGUGAUGAUAACUAUCAAAGACCCGUUGUUUUGAGGUUUUCAAGGAAGCAUGCUUAUCUAGAUAUGGAGCAGUUUAAGAAGCCUAAUUAUUAUAGAUCAAUCCCAACAGAUGAUUUCGCUUAUUUGUUCAAAUUUAAACAUAAACAGUCGAACAGAAGGUGA